AUGCAAACGGCAUUGUCAAGACCUGGACAAUGUACCUUUUGUGCAUUUAGAGCCUUGCAACGUCGCCGUCUCGCACCCCAAUGCCAGGAUGGGGCGAGACGCCACAGGUCUAUCACAUCGAGACCUCCAAGGAAGCUAUUAACGCGUCGCCCAGAUGCUUCAAAUAUUCCACGGCGGGAUUUUCGUAGAGACAAUGCCGUGGGAAUAGACAAUUAUUCGAGACGGAAAGAGUCUGUUUACGAUGCAUUCGGAGAGCUUUUGGAAUCACAACUUGACCACUUGGAAAAUAGGUUCUCUAAUGGCCCUCUGGACCGGGUCACGUCUUGGGGAAUAACAUCCAAACGACAACUUGCCAAAAAGCUGGAAAUCUUCGGAGAGAGUGUUAGAGACGCCGUCGAACGCGCCAGCAAGCAUCGAAUAAUUAGCAAGAAGGCAAACCCCCUCUUUCACGAUUUGCGGCAAGCGUUCAUUUCUGGGCACACUCCUGCUUUAGCUGCACAACUGGACUUUCGGUUUAUGGCUUCAGUCGUGGAAUCAAGAGGACCUAUAAAUGGCUCUACGUCAGACUUACAAAAGCAGUUGGCAGAUCUGCGGUUUCCUUUCGAAUGGUACCCAGCAACGAGAGCUUUGCAACGAACAAUACACCUUCACGUCGGACCUACUAAUUCGGGCAAGACAUAUCAUGCCCUGAAAAGGUUAGAGACUGCGAAGACUGGAUUAUAUGCCGGACCGUUACGCCUGUUGGCGCAUGAGGUGUACACAAGGUUCAAUGCCAUGGGCAAGAAGUGUGCGUUGAUCACAGGAGAGGAGCGGCGGAUUCCCGAAGGACUCGAUUGUGUUAUGAACAGUUGCACCGUGGAAAUGAUACCCCUCAACACUAUGGUAGAUGUUGCUGUCAUUGACGAAAUUCAAAUGCUCGGUGACAAUGACCGUGGCUGGGCCUGGACACAGGCAUUCCUUGGAAUUAUGGCAAAAGAGGUUCAUCUUUGUGGCGAAUUACGCACAAUAUCUCUUGUUCGAGACCUUUGUGCCGCUAUGGGGGACAAGCUGAUUAUUCAUGAAUAUGAGCGACUUGGUCCUCUCAAAUGCGAUACGAAGAGCCUCAGAAGCGACUUGAGUAAACUCGAAAAAGGGGAUGCUGUCAUUAUGUUCUCUCGGAUUAGAAUCCAUGCCAUGAAAGCAAGCAUCGAGAGGAUUACGGGCAAACGCUGCGCCGUUGUCUAUGGGUCACUACCACCCGAGACGCGGGCACAGCAAGCUGCCUUUUUCAACGACCCGAAUAAUGACUACGAUAUCCUUGUGGCGAGCAACGCUGUUGGAAUGGGCUUGAAUUUGAGUAUCAAACGGGUUGUUUUCGAAUCUCUUUCAAAACAUAAUGGACUAGUUCUUGCACCUCUCGAACUGCCAGAGAUCACCCAGAUUGCAGGCCGAGCGGGCAGGUUCAAAUCUGCAGAUGAGGCUACGAAACAGGGUGCGACUGAGCUUGGGAAAGCUGGCUCUCCAUCGGAACAUGUCAAAUCAACGCCCAAUGUUGGUUAUGUGACCACUCUUGAUGGGUUUGACUUGCCCAGAGUGCAAGAGGCCAUGGCAACGACGGUCGAGCCCUUGAAAUCCGCUGGCAUCUUUCCGCCAUCUGAUGUGGUAAUUCGAUUUGCGGCCUUAUUCCCCGCCACGACUCCUUUCAGCUACAUCCUCCUUCGACUACACGAACUAGUCACACUAAAUCCGCAAUUUCAUCUGUGCCGCUUGAGGGAACAAGUCGAAAUCGCUGACCUGAUUCAACCAUAUAAAAUGUCAGUCGCGGAUCGUCUCGCGUUCAUGAGUUCGCCAAUCACUCUUAGAGACCAAGGAUUCCCCCAAGUCGUCGUUGAGCUUGCUCAAUGCCUCUCGAACCAAAGCGGUGGCGAACUGAUAAACCUGAAGUCUUUCCCACUCGAGAUCCUCGAUCAAGACAUCAACGAUUAUGCUCAGGGUAGCAAAGGUUAUCUAAGGACGGCGGAGAUUUUACAUAAGGCUCUAGACCUCUAUCUCUGGCUGAGUUACCGCUUUGCGGGCAUUUUCAGGAGUCAGGCUCUUGCCUUCCACGUUAAAGGGCUAGUGGAAGAGAAGAUCGGCCAAUGCUUGGCAGACGUCCGCUUCGAUGAGACUAGGCGCAGGAGAGACAAUUACUUGAAAUUCAAGGCUUUAGAACAGCAAGAAGAAAUAAGAGAACAUCUCGGAGAAGUUGAUGGGCAGUUGGAGACGGUGUCUGCCUCGGAUAUAUCGAUUCCGGCAGCGUGGGAGAACGGAAAGUUUGAUGAUGCUAUGACAUCGACGAGCGAGAACAGACUGUAA